AUGAUGUCAUCUCAUCUGCAAAAUAAUGGAAGCAAUAAUCCCUUUGAUGAUAGUAACAUCAUAUUUAACCAACAAGAAGAGCAGCAACAGCUCUUGAAUAAUGGACUUGAUUCUACGCAUACGAGAAGUAAUGUGUCGCUGCAUAAGCCAAUUAGCAAUAAAAAGUUUGAAGCGUUAGCUUAUGAGGACUUGGGUAAUCUGAAAAGUGGGGACUCUUUCCAUGAACAUAAAAUUAGCACUGAUGAAGAUGGGGAUGACCCUGUUAGAUUUGACUCCCCUAGUACUUUAGAAACAUCAUUCGCCCAUAACAUGGGUCCUUACACAGAUAGUUAUGGCAAUAACUACGACCAUGUGGAUUUUGAUUCAAAGAAGUAUACUUCGAAAUUAAAGUUUAAGGGCAACAGGUUAGUAUAUUUUACUUCUGCUUUUGUUUCCCUCUUUGUAUCUUUGUUUGGAUAUGAGCAAGGCGUUUGCUCUGGUGUCUUAACAUUCGAGACAUUUAUUAAGUUUUUCAAUCAUCCGUCGAGUACGGAAAUUGGGUUAGUAAUAUCGAUAUUGGAAAUUGGCGCAAUGAUCAGUUCGCUAUUUGUUUCCAAAAUUUCCGAUAGAUUCGGAAGAAAAAUCACCAUACUAUUGGGAACGUUCGUUUUCAUGAUAGGUGGCACACUCCAGUCAUUUGCUAUCAACUUAUAUGUGUUUGCUGUCGGUAGGGUUUUGAGUGGUUUUGGCGUAGGUAUUUUAUCAACAAUAGUGCCGUCUUAUCAAUGUGAAAUAUCACCUUCCGAAGAGAGAGGAAAACUUGUAUGUGCUGAAUUCACUGGUAAUAUUAGCGGAUAUGCCUUGAGUGUGUGGGUGGAUUACUUUUGUUACUUCAUACAAAAUGUCCAUGGAGCAAGAAAAAAUCCACAUUCCUUUGCCGCAAAUUUGUCUUGGAGAUUACCAUUGUUCAUUCAAGUGAUAAUUGCAUUCGUAUUAUUUCUUGGUGGAUUUUUUAUUGUGGAAUCUCCAAGAUGGUUGUUGGAUGAAGAUUUAGACCAGCAAGGUUUCAAUGUACUAGCUCUAUUGUAUGAUUCUCACUUGGACGACGAGAAGCCAAGAGAGGAAUUUUUUAUGAUCAAGAACUCGAUAUUAAGCGAAAGGAUCGCAACACCAAAGUAUGAAAGAACAUGGAAGAACAUGUUUAAGAAUUACUUGACUAGAGUAUUGAUCGCAUGCUCCGCGCUUGCUUUUGCGCAAUUUAAUGGUAUUAAUAUCAUUUCAUACUACGCGCCUAUGGUGUUCGAAGAGGCUGGCUUCAAUGACUCUAAUGCGUUGCUCAUGACUGGUAUUAAUGCUAUUGUUUAUCUUUUAAGUACCAUUCCACCUUGGUUCUUGGUCGAUAGGUGGGGAAGGAAACCGAUAUUAAUUAGUGGGGGCCUCUCAAUGGCAAUUUGUUUAUUACUCAUUUCUUGGGUUAUGUUCCUCAACAAAGGCUUCACACCCUCGUUGGUCGCUUUGUUAGUUGUAAUUUAUAAUGCAUCGUUUGGUUACAGUUGGGGACCGAUUGGUUUUUUAAUUCCACCUGAGGUAUAUCCAUUGGCAGUUAGAUCGAAAGGUGUAUCUUUAUCGACUGCAACGAACUGGUUAGCGAAUUACAUAGUGGGUCAAGUAACCCCGAUAGCCCAGGAGCUGAUCAAAUGGGCAAUGUACAUUUUUCCAGCUUCAAGUUGUAUAAUAUCUGUGUUUGUUGUUUACUUCUUUUACCCAGAGACUAAAGGUGUUGAAUUAGAAGAUAUGGAUAAAGUCUUCAAUUUAUUUUAUAAUAAAGGUGCACCAAAAAUGAAUGAGUAUAGCGUAGUCGAUACAGAUAUGCCUGCGGAUAUUGAUGACUACGAACUUGAUCAACUUGAAUAUUCUGAUAAUGAAAUAUCUCCAGACUCACAUCCCGGUCAUCCAAACCAUACAUAA